UUAAUGAUCCUAACCUGCUACGUUAGAUUUCUUAGCCUGAUAUGUAAACAUUAAGCUACUCAUCACGGUUGAUCCAGCCACUGAUGUUUUUUGUUGUUGCUGUUGUGUUACACCCAUCGCUGUUGAUCCACCAACUUCUUUUGCAACGCCAACUUUCAGACACUUCAAGCAAAUAAUGUUUUCUAACUAACCUCAUUGUUCUACCUGUGCUGCAAAUAUCCAGUUACCCACACUUGUCAAUUUCAGCAGAUCUGGGCCACGAGUACCAACUGCGUAGUACGCAGCAUUGAUGUCCCCGAACAUGCCAGCUGUGGAACACGCGCUUUUACGACAGCGUACGGCAGACUUGACUCCCAUACGGCAUUUACAUUGCACGUGUGUUUCUAGCGAGUUUCUAGUCAAAAUGGCCAAGUCAAAAGCUGCACGAAAGAGUGGAGAAAAUAUGAAGAUUACAAGUUCCUGUGAGACGGUGGUCCAGGGGAUGGAUGACGAAGAUGACGAGGAGCUUCAACGUGCACUGGCAGAUGACAUCAUUAGUGCUAGUGAGGAUGAGGGAGGCAGCGAUGAUGAGAGGAAACACUGCAAGCUGCUGGAGGCCAUCAGCUCGCUUGGGGGGAAGAAGAGGAAGAAGCUUACUGAACGGUCUGAAGCAAGCAUUCAGGUGUCAGAAUUCACAGUCAAUGCUGAAGGUGAAGGAGACAAAAUACAUUUGUCUGACCUCAUUGGAACCUUGGAUAAGACCCCCAGUGCCUUAAUCAAGACGAAGAAGCAGCUGAAGAACCUUCAACACAACCAGAGCACCCUGGAGACGCCCCUGACCAGGAAGGAGACAGAGAAAAUCCAAAGAGAAGUGGCUUUUGAGAAAACGUCGAAAGAGGUGUCUCGCUGGCAGAGUGUGGUCCUACAGAACCAGAAGGCAGAGCAGCUGGUCUUCCCACUGAACCAGGAGCCCUCUGGCCCCAAACGCAUAGAGCAGGUGGUGGCUGGAUGGAAGGCCCAAACCCCCCUAGAACAGGAGAUAUUCAGCCUCCUACGCAUGAACAAGCAGCCUCUCCAUGACCCUGUCUUGACACCCACUGAGGAGGCUUCUCUCAGGGCCAUGAGUCUGGAGGAGGCCAAGAUCCGUCGUGCAGAACUCCAAAAAACCAGAGUACUACAGUCUUAUUAUGAAGCGAAAGCCAAAAGGGGAAAAAGAAUAAAAAGCAAAAAAUACCACAGGAUACAGAAGAAAGUGAUGCGCAAGGAGUAUCUAAAACAGUUUGAUGAAAUGGUUAAGACAGACCCUGCUGCUGCCUUGGAGGAACUAAAGAAGAUGGAACUGUCAAGAAUGAAGGAACGAAUGUCUCUGAAGCACCAGAACAGUGGCAAAUGGGCCAAGUCCAAGGCCAUCAUGGCAAAAUAUGAUGAUGGGGCUCGCAAAGCCAUGCAGAAACAGCUGGAAGUGAACAAAGAUCUGACGCAGAAGUUGGUAAUACCUGCUGACGAAGAUGAGGAGGAUGAAGAGGAGUCAGCAGAGACCUUGCCAGACUUUGUGAAUGACGUAGAGCCCAUACUGGACCAGGUGAAUCCAUGGAUGAGAGGCAAGCUUUCUACAGAGCCUAUGAUGGAGGAAAGCAACCGUUUACAUCCUCCUGUUUGGCCCAGAGAAGUGGGAAAACCAGGGGAAGGACGGGACGACCAAGAGGAGGAUGAGGAGCAGAUGGAGGAAACUGAAGAAGAAUCACUUUUAAGAGGGUUUGAAGAGAGGCGGAAAUUGCGUCAAACUGAAGAUGUUAAGGUUGCACCUAUGACUAUGGAGGAGAAUGACGAUGGGAAGAAAGCUGAGAUUUUAGAGAUCUCUGAUGAUGAUGAAGAGGCUGUAGAGAUUUCAGAUGAUGAAGAGGCUUUAGAGGUCUCUGAUGAUGAGGAGGCUGGGCUCUCAAAUUUCACCAGCCUGUUCCAUGGGCUAGUGAACCACAUGGAGCCUCCAGCUGACCAGCCCAAGGCAGGCCCAGGUCUAGGCCAGGGGGAGAGCCCUGCCCUGCUGGAGGAGGGCCUGGUACGGGUUAGGACCCUGGAGGAUGUGGAGCUGCUCAGUCAGGACAUCUCUGCCAGUGACACAGCACUUCUGACCACCCGGGAUCUGGGCACAGAGGAAACAGACACUCAGUCUGCAACUCAACAGGCAGACAAAAAGAGAAAGAAAAUGAUUGAUCCCAAUGAGGUUCUGACCAAGGAAGCAAAGGUCAUCGAAAUGCCGUUGGCUCCAACAGCUGUUGAGGAUGUUGAGGACAAGGAGGAACAGAGGGUCAUCAUUAAAGAGGCCUUUGCAGGGGAUGAUGUCAUCUCCGACUUCCUGAAGGACAAAAGGAAACAGGAGGAGGCAGGAAGGCCGAAGGUUAUUGACCUGACGUUGCCUGGAUGGGGAGAGUGGGGGGGCCUCGGUCUCCAACCUUCUCGUAGCAAACGCAAGAGAUUCCGGGUAAAAGUUGCUCCACCUCCACCAAGACAAGACCAAAAGCUCCCUAACAUCAUAAUCGCAGAGAAGCGGGAUUCCUCCAUUGCUGCACACCAGGUGUGUCAGUUACCGUUCCCUUUUGAGAACCCCAUACAGUUCGAGCGCACCAUCCGUUCUCCUGUUGGCCGCACCUGGAACACCCAAAACACAGUGCAGAAGAUCACAGCGCCAAAGGUCGUCACCCAGUUAGGUGCCAUCAUUGAGCCAAUUGCUCGGGAGGACUUAAUAAAGGACAUCAGACAGGCAGUCACAGGGCCCAGUAUUAACCUGGAGUCAGACCAAGGACCUCAGAAGAAAAGACGCUCGCAGCAAAAGAAGAAGCACAAACGCAAAAAAAACUGAUGGUCCUACUGGUUGUCAUCACUGAAAUGUCUGAGACUGUUGAUAAGAACUCAUUCUGUUCAUUAGUUUAGGGGCUUGAUUCAAUCCGUAUCGCUGAAGUUCAGCGCUAUAGUGCGAUUUGAAAUGUCAAGGUGUCAAUUGAGCUGACAUACAGCAUUUAUCGUAUAUGCCGUCUCUGCGAACGCAGACACGUUGCCUUUUAAAUGUCAAUCACGCUACAGAUUGAAUCGAGCCGUCCGGUUGAAUUUGACUGCAGAGGGUUCUGUGUCUACUGGUUAUGUCUAUUUUAGUGGUUGACUCCGAUGAGGGGAAACCAAGCUGUGCGCUUUCUGGGCAGUUCUGACUAAUUACCAUACCUGGCUCUGUAAGGAAAGCCAGUUGACCUGAUGGUUCUUGGGGAGUUGUUCUCUCCACAGAUAUUUUUUUGUAUAAAUAAAACCUUGAAAUGAGACCAUGAUGUCAUGAAAUAUUGUAAACCUGACUCUGGGAUAUAUCAACAAAAAACAGGUGUUCAAAUGGAGGAUAUAAAAGUACACUUUCAUAGGAAAACAUCUGUUUAUAUGAAAUAGUUUUGUUGGUUUAAAGUGCUUAAUAAAACAAGUGAAACCUAAUAAA